AUGGCACAAGGUUUAGUUAAACGACAACAAAAUGUACCAAGUACGAAUCCCCCACCAUAUGUUGGUAUUGAACCACGAAAAAGUGCUGCAAAUGUUCAAUUAAAUGCAGAUCGAAUUAAAAAGUCUUUUAUUGAAAGUAAUGGUGUUGAAUAUCAAGUUAUUCCAUGUGAAAUAGAAAAGCUUGCUGAAAUUGGUAUGGUUGUCGGUCAUGUUGAGGGUCAUCAGUGGGUAUUUAUUGAUGAAAUAUUACCAAAUGGAAUGAUCGACAUGCAUGGUGGAUUGAAAGUUGGUGAUUAUUUAACUCAAGUUGGAGUGUAUAGUCUCGUUGCUAUGGACUUACCAUCAGCAUUAUUAUUGAUUGAAAAAGCGUAUGAUGAAGGAAGAAAAACUGUCUCGUUUAUUGCUGCACGUCCGUUAGAAGUUUCGAAAGAAUCAAAAAUUGCAUCAAAUUUUGUGGAAUUGUCAACUAAUAUUAGUACGGCAAAUCGUCAACAUCAACAACACCUAGCUGCAGCUGCAGUCAGUGCACCGACGCGUAAUCGCGCCGCCAGCUCUCGAGCUCAAUCAUUUGUAUCGUAUGAAAAUAAUGCUGAAAGUGACAAUGAGAACGAUGAAGAUGAAAAUGAUGCAAAAGAAACAAGUUUAUAA